GAUUCUUUUCCUGACCCAUUCCUUUCCCCUAUCACUCAGAUAUACUCCCGCAUUUGCUCCAAGGACCGCUUAUUUUCAACCGAGACUCUAUUUUUCUUUGUUUUGACUUUUUCUUGCAUCCAUACUUCCACAAUGUGCCCCGGUGCAGACCACCAGACAAACGGACACACAAAUGGUGUCAAUGGUGUGCCUAAGGACCUUGAUGUACCUCCCCAUCCCGGCUACACUGCCGUCGAGACCCGUCAGAACCCCCACCCUUCGACUUCCCGGAAUCCCUACGGCCACAAUGUCGGCGUUACAGACUUUUUGAGCAAUGUCUCUCGUUUCAAGAUCAUUGAGAGUACUCUCCGUGAGGGUGAACAGUUUGCCAAUGCCUUCUUCGACACCGAGAAGAAGAUUGAGAUUGCCAAGGCCCUAGAUGACUUUGGUGUUGACUACAUCGAGCUCACCAGCCCUUGCGCCUCCGAGCAAUCGAGACGUGACUGCGAGGCCAUCUGCAAGCUUGGAUUGAAGGCCAAGAUUCUCACUCACAUCCGGUGCCACAUGGAUGAUGCAAGAAUUGCCGUCGAGACUGGUGUGGACGGAGUUGACGUUGUUAUCGGAACGUCUUCCUACCUUCGUGAGCACUCUCAUGGCAAGGAUAUGACUUACAUAAAGAGCGCUGCCAUCGAAGUUAUCGAGUUCGUGAAGUCCAAGGGUAUUGAGAUCAGAUUUUCCAGCGAGGACUCUUUCCGUUCUGACCUGGUUGAUCUCCUGUCUAUCUAUUCUGCCGUCGACAAGGUUGGUGUGAACCGCGUUGGUAUUGCAGACACUGUCGGAUGCGCAUCUCCUCGCCAGGUUUACGAAUUGGUCCGGGUCUUGAGGGGUGUUGUCGGAUGCGACAUUGAGACCCACUUCCACAACGACACUGGCUGUGCCAUUGCAAACGCCUACUGUGCCUUGGAGGCUGGUGCCACCCACAUUGACACCUCUGUUCUCGGCAUUGGCGAACGUAACGGUAUCACUCCUCUGGGAGGUCUCAUGGCCCGUAUGAUGGUCGCCGAUUCCGAGUACGUCAAGAGCAAGUACAAGCUUGAGAAGAUCAAGGACAUUGAGGACCUUGUUGCCGAGGCAGUUGAGGUCAACAUCCCCUUCAACAACUACAUCACUGGUUUCUGCGCCUUCACCCACAAGGCCGGUAUCCACGCCAAGGCUAUUCUCAACAACCCUAGCACCUACGAGAUCAUCAACCCUGCCGACUUCGGCAUGACUAGAUAUGUCCACUUCGCUUCACGACUGACUGGCUGGAACGCUAUCAAGUCGCGUGCUCAGCAACUCAACCUUGACCUGACAGAUGCGCAGUGCAAGGAAUGUACUGCCAAAGUCAAGGCUCUCGCCGAUAUCAGACCCAUCGCUGUUGACGAUGCUGACAGCAUCAUCCGCGCUUAUCACCGCAACCUCAAGCUGGGUGAGAACAAGCCUCUCCUCGAUCUCACCGCUGACGAACAAGCUCAGUUUGCUGCCAAGGAAAAGGAAUUGGCGGCUGCGACCAAGGCAAACGGCACUUCUGCCUAAACACCAUGCAUUCUUUCUCUUGCAUUUGUAUUUUCUGAUUUAAGGCGUUAUUCACUGCGCUGAGAUUUAUGGUGAAGUUCUCGCAACGACUACCCGCAUCCGGAUCCUCGACGAAUUCGACGGUUAUGUGCUUGGGAUUUCCUUUUGUUUUUUUUUUGUUUUUUGGGAGUUUGAAAAGUGCUUUGUCGCUAAAAAAAAAAAAACAAAAAGCGGAAAAACAGAGAUAGAAAAAGAGUACCGGGAGAGUAGCAGGUCUAAAAUUACUCUCUGUGCUGUAUAUAACAGUAGGCAGGAGCAAUUUCCACCGGAUGUAAUUUAUUUGAAACUGUCGGACACUAAUUCUGCAUGCCAUAUGGGCUAUUGCUACGUAGCAUCCGCGGAGUCACUACGGCGAGUUUCCUGCAGGAACAAAA